CACUGAUGGCACUGAUAGGCGGCACUGACUGGCACAGUUAGGCGGCACUGACUGGCACUGAUAGGCGACACUGACUGGCACUGAUAUGUGGCAUUGAUGUGGCACUGAUGGGCACUGGCACGUGGCACUGAUGAGCACUGACAGGUGGCACUUCUGGGGCCACACUGAUCAUCAGGGCACACUGAUCAUCAAUCAGUGCCCUGAUGAUCACUGUCAGCGUGACAGCUCGAGAGGAGAGAAAUGCCGAUAACUGGCAUUUCCGUGUUUUCAUGUGAUCAGCUGUGAUUGG